AAGCGCGUUCACCUGGAAAACUCGCUCGUGCUCGUCACUGGGGCAUCAGCAGGGAUAGGACGGGAGCUUGCGCUGCUGCUGACCUCGAGGGGAGCAGAUGUCAUCCUGGUUGCGAGGACGGCCUCGGCGUUGGAGGAGGUGGCUGAGACGAUCAACGGCAGGGGAUGGGGAGGGAGAGCAUAUCCCUACGCGUGCGACUGCUCGAACGAAGUUGAGGUGGAUAGCAUGAUGAAGAAGAUUAGAGAUAUUGCCGAGGGCCUCGGACCUGACAUCUUGGUCAACUGCGCUGGACAAGGGCGAUGGGACUUCUUGGAUCAACUCACAGACAGUGAAAUCAAAUCCGCCAUUGACGCUCCCGUCAUGGCGGCGGCGCUUCUGAGCCGAGCAGUGAUCACAGACAUGAUGCGCAAGGGUGGAGGAAUCAUCAUGAAUGUGCAGAGUCCCGCUUGCUCCACCUCCUGGGCAGGGGCGACAGCAUACAUCUCGGCACGAUGGGCGCUGCGAGGCCUGACGACGGCUCUGCGAGCUGAUUUGCAGAAGAGCAACGUGCUGGUGCAGGAGAUUAUCCUGCCUGGAGUGGCUUCGGACUACUGGAAGCACAACCCCGGGAGCAAGGAGAAGAUACCAUGGCUCUCGCGCUACCUG